CACAUCCCGGGCUGCGGCAAGGUGUACGGCAAGACGUCGCACCUCAAGGCGCACCUGCGCUGGCACACGGGCGAGCGGCCCUUCGUGUGCAACUGGCUCUUCUGCGGCAAGAGCUUCACGCGCUCCGACGAGCUCCAGAGGCACCUGCGGACUCACACAGGCGAGAAGCGCUUCGGCUGCGCCGAGUGCGGCAAGCGCUUCAUGCGCAGCGACCACCUGGCCAAGCACGUCAAGACGCACCAGAACAAGCGGCUCAAGGCCGGCGGGCCCGGCAGCGGCCACGCCUGCGCCAUCAAAAGAGAGGAGCCGCGGGACAUGUGA